AUGGUUUCAAGUUUCAACUGCAAAUCGCUUUAGUUCAAUAACAUUUUCACAUUCACACAUCCUAAAGCUGCAAUGAAAACAGUGUCAGCAAGAUCCAACAUCCCCCUAUAUGUUUUUGUUCUCGCGCUAGUCUUGUCUCCAAAACUUCUAUGUCAAGCAGAUGGUAUGCCUCUAGGAGGUGGAGUGCGUAAGCUCAUGGCACCGUCACCACCUAUUCUCAUGUGUCCACAGUGUGAAUGUUGUGCACCGGCUCCACCUGGUUUUUGUUGCCCAUGUCGUUGUCCUGACGGUCCCUGAGGACUGACUUAUGCUCUAAGAUGAGCUAUUGUGAUGUGUAAUAUAAUACGUAUGAAUAAUUAAACAAAAAGUUUAUUGUGUGUUUGAAUAAGAAAAACUUGGUUUCUGUUGAACAAUUUUAAGUUUAUAAGGUAGUUUUGAUGUCCUCGGAGAGGUGAUGAAUUACCAUAAAAUAUCGACAGCCUAUUGAGUUAACAACUAUGUUAAAAAUUUGUUCUUUCGGAUUAUAAUAGAAAAAAAAAGUUAAAAUGAA